AUGUGGGUCCUCAUCUGGGCAGCUCUACUUCUCUCUCUGACAGAGAGAACCACAUGCAACAGUAAGGUCCCUUUUAUCACUACUAUUGGUAAUGUAAUAAUCAUUAGUAGAUGUGGUAGUAGUAGUGGUAUGGCAAAUAUCUCAAUAGAUACUAUAUCAUACAAAUGUUACGAACAAGUGAAGUAGUAUCCAAGUGCUUUCUGCAUUACUCAUGGCUGUAUUAAUUUCCCUCCAUCAGAACAGCCACAAACACCACCACCAACAACAGCAUCACCCUGGACCAUCACCUUCAGUCCAGCAGAGAUAACAGCAGAGAAGGGACUAUGUGCUGUUAUUUCAUGUACCUUCAGUCAUGCAGAGAACUUCAAUCGUACUGCAGCAAUAUGGUCUAAAUGCUCUAAAAAUGGCAAAUGUGAUCAGGAUAAAAACAUAAUUAUCCACUCUGAAACUCCCUCUAAAGCUCAGGAGGGUUAUAAACAGAGAGUGUCUCUACUGGAGACUGAUCUGACAAAGAAGAACUGUAGUGUAAUCAUCAACAACAUCAGAAAGAAUGACUCUGGAGAGUAUCAGUUCAGACUGCUAAGUGCAUAUACAUACUCCAAGAAAGUGAACAUCACAGUGAGAGGUAUUUCAUGACUAUUAUUAUCAGUUACAGUGACAGACUAUUACUGUAGGUCAUUGUACACAGUACACACUUGCCAAGUUCCCUCUCAAGUCUCCCUUAUUAUAAAGUCCUCUCAUAAGAGGACAAGAUGUCAUUACUGGGAAGACUCCUAUUCAGACUUAGCACAUCAAUGCUGCUCUCCUAAGGCUGAUUAUGUGUCACUGCUGUUUAGUACACAUAUGUAAAACUCACUUCUGUGUUUGUAUUUCCUGUCUCCAGCUCUGACCCAGAAGCCCUCAGUGUUGACUCCUCCUCUGACAGAGGGAGAACCAGCUACUCUGACCUGCACUGCCCCGGGGUUCUGCUCUGGAACUCCUCCUAACAUCACAUGGACAUGGAGAGGGACAGGAGACAACAUCACUGAGCUCAGAGACAAUACCACCAUACAGAAGAGAGAGGACCUGACCAGCGUCACAACAUCCCACUUCUCAACUUUGACCUUUACCCCCUCAGCUGAGCACCACAACAUGAAGGUUACGUGUCAAGUAACCUUUCAGAAAAGACGUCAAAUUGAAGAGACAGUAACUUUGAAUGUGACAUGUGAGUACCAUGUCACCUACAUUUUCCAUUAAACACCUUAUUCCAGAAAAUCUUUGAAACCUAGGAAUAACCUUGAUAACAAGCAGAUUAUACAAUAUGCAGGCUAUACGCAGUUAUGUCAUGGCUUUGACCUUUUCCCUUGCUUUUUAAUCAUGAUCCAUUGUAAUUAGUCCCUCAACCAAUGUAGUUUGAAUUUAGUGUAUGUGUAACAAUACAAAAUUAGAAACUCUCUGCACUAAAGAUGUGAAAGACCCCCAAAUAACUGGAAAUAAAACAGUGAAGGAGGAUGGUACCCUGGAUCUGACCUGCAGUGUUGACAGUUACCCACCAUCUGACAUCACUUGGAGUAAGAACAGGACAAGUGCCCCACUUCAGAAUUACACUGAAAAUGCCACUCUCACCAUCUCCAAUGUGACAAGAGAACAUGCUGGGGAGUAUGUGUGUACAGCGCAACACCUCAACAGGACUAUGACAGCUUCCACUGUUGUCACUGUGAUGUGUAAGUACAAACAGUACAAACUUGAUUGAAAUAUACAAACUCAUUUCAUAUUUUAAGAUCUGGAAUUGUUUUUAGCAUCAAUCUAUCACUGAUAUCUCUCUCUUCACUGUCUUUUCCAGACCAUCCUGUGAUUCUUCCUGGCUCUGGGUGUGUGGAUCAGGCAGAGGUCAUGACCUGUUUGUGUGUCAGUCAGGGGGUUCCCUUACCCCUCAUAGAGUGGCCACUGCUGGAGCUCAACACAGAGAAGUACAGCCCCACUACAUCAUCUUUCGGGUCCUCAGUGAACAGCACCAUCAGCCUGCCUGUUAUAAACCACACCAACAACAACACUGUGGAGUGUGUCAGCAGAAAUGUGGUGGGUGUAGUGAGAGAGAAGUUGCAGGUCACCCAAAAUAAGAGCCAAGAAAAGCAAAGGGGUAAAUAUAUAAGUCAAGUUACUUGGUUAGAGAGCAACAGCUUCCCAAUCCCACUCAUUGGAAUAUUGAGGAACGUUCUGUACAUGUAGAGUCGGAAAAUUUAUAUUUUUUCUUCCAGAGGAUAUUAAGUAAUGUGUGCCACUUCCCAUACAGAGUUAUUGUUCUCUUUUUAGAGAAGGAGCGGGAAGGCAUUAUAGCAUUAUAUAAUUAUUAUAACAUUAACAUUAUGUUAUUAUUUAAUUUAAAAAGAAAAUAAGAGGAUACAAAGUAUUUGGAGCCACUUCUAAAAGCAUACAUGUGUUGUUCUGUUUAUAGAGGAAGUAUCUAAAGACAUCUUGGCUAUGCUGUCGGACCUAAAACUGAUUAUUGCAUUUGUGAUUGGUGCAGCCUUCUCAGCCACCAUCUGUUGUAUCUUCCUGUGUUUGACAGGGAAAUGUAAAAGGUACAUGCAUUCUGUUACUGAAGUACAGUUAGUGUUAACUGAGUGUUGUUUUUAAAAUCAAUUGCAGAUUGUCUUUAGAAAUUCAUAUUUACUAUCAAGAGAAUCAGAUAUAUUGUCAAAAGUGCCAAUGCCUUGCAACAUAUUGUAAUGGACGUGCUUGCUAACCCCUCCAAAGUAUAGUUACUGAGAUAUUUCAUUUGUAAUAUUUUUCUUAGACAAAAAGAGAGGAUCCCAAAGGACUCAGACUCCAAAAGCCCUUUCAUGAACCUGGAGAUGGUGGCAUGUGAAGACCAACAGGUGCAGUACCAGUUUCUUUCUUUAUUCAGCUUUACCAACAUUCAGUUAGCAUUGACAUGCCAAUACGAGUUGAUAAGACAGCAUGAACAGAUCUGGGACCACCAAGCUAACAAAAUACUUGUAACACAGUGCUUUCUAUAAUGUACUCUAUAGACAGAUGCAGGACAGGCUGUGGGGGGCGAACAGACCCCUCUGCAGUUGGAGCUGAGGGAGGGAGCUGAAAACGGAGGGCCCCUGACCAGUGGAGCCGCAGAAAACUCUGCCAAAGGGGAAGAACCAAAAGAUGUGGACUACGCAACUAUCAACUACUCCCAACUGAAGAAAAAGACUCCUGAGGAGGCAGAGAAGAAGACCACCACCAUAGAGUCAGAGUACGCCGAAAUCAAACGAGAGAAGAAGAAAGGGGGAGAAGAAGAUGGAGGAGAGGAGGAGGAGGAGGAGGAGGAGGAGGAGGAAGAGGAGGAGGGGAAGGAGAUGUUGGGGAAGAAUGAGGAGAAAGAGAACGGUAAGCCAGCAGCAGAGACAGAUGAGGAUACAGCGCUUUACUCCAACGUCAAGGCUAUUAUGGGUGGUGAGUGA